GUGGCUUGGAUGCUUGCUCCUGCAUCGCUUGUCCCCAACCUAUGAGGUGACUGGGUCGGUCGACCAUAACUCUGCACGGGAAGAAGACGAAGGAUGCCACGCGGGGAGAGCAGAGUCCAGAAAGCCUCGGUAGUCGGUAGGCGAGCCGCCAAGUUGCGACCAGCCGCGAUUGGCUUCAAGCAGCAGCCGUGGCGACGGGAGCUGCGACGCCGACGCCCUUCCCGCCCGCCAUUCGCCAUGGAAGUCCGCCGGGCCCUCGCUAGCUUAUCGCAAACAAGCCUGUCGCAAAACGGGCUAGUGCACCGGACCAAGACCGGGGAUUGUGCCUGCAGUCCUGCGACGGCCGUAUCAGCGUGGCUUCUUCCGCCGAUAUUCGUUGCGCAACCACUCGCGUGGCCCGGUUCUCAUCUUGCCACCGCCCACCCCCGAUCCUCUCGCUCCCAUCUAAGACAUACCUCCGGCUAAAACCUUCGACUGGCGCCCUACGAUCACUCGACUGGUAACUUUGUGUUUAGUUUCGGGGGCCGACCAAUGCACGUGUCCCCUGGUCGCGUGUCAAUUUCCAUCAAUGAUAACGCCCAAAUGACCACAUC